CACUCGGCUCCACAAUGAGCAGCAGGGAAGGAGGGGGGCUGUAGCUUUGGAGACGACGUGAACGCCACAAGCCCUGUUCAGGAUACAGUUCACAUAUAUAAGAAGAAAUAUUCCUAUAUACAACCUGUAGUAGACCCUACACACAGCGCAAAGAUGUUUGGGAUGAUAAAGAAUUCCCUAUUUGGAGGAGUAGAACUCAAUAAUGGAACACUAAUUCAGAAACAAGAGAAGGAUGGAAUGACCUUUGAAGAAAGAAGUUAUGAGGGUGGGAAGUUUGUUACAACAGAAGUGUCUGAGAAGCCAUUCGAUGAAGCAUCAAAAGAAUGUGUCCUAAAGCUUCUAAAGUAUGUGGGGGGCUCCAAUGAUAAAGGUGCAGGAAUGGGAAUGACGUCCCCUGUCUCAAUGAUUAGUUAUCCUACAGAAGAAGAGACUCUCCAACCAAAAGUCAAGGUGAUCCUUCGUAUUCCAAGCCAGUUCCAGGCCGAUCCUCCACUUCCUACAGAUGAAAGCAUUCAGAUCGAGAACAGAGAUGGAAUGACCGUGUAUGCCACGCAAUUCGGGGGAUUUGCUAAAGAAGCAGACUAUGUAUCCUAUGCUGCAAAGCUCCGUUCUUGUCUUGGACCAGAGGUGUCUUACCAUAAAGACUACUAUAUUUGCUGUGGUUAUGACCCACCCAUGAAACCUUAUGGAAGAAGAAAUGAAGUCUGGUUUGUUAAGAAUGCCUAGAAGAGCCUUAUGUGUGCAAGACUGUGCCGUAGAAACAAAUUCAAGAUGUCUGCAUCCAAUAAAUUCUAAAUCUUAUUUCAAAGAAAUUCAUUUUCAUCCAUUUAUUGGGCAAAAUUAUGGAAUCUAGAUCGUAUGUUUAAAAAAAAUAAAAAAAUAUAUAUAUCUUGUGUA